AUGGCCUCCAUUGUGAGUCAUCGCUGCACGGUGGAGAAUCACAGCCUUCCGGAGCCAUGGAGUCCACAUCCCGGUUUUAGCGAAGUCCAACCGCAAAGGAACGAGGAGGCAACGGCCGCCGGCAGCCGCAAUGGCGCCGACAAGCACGCUUUUAUUAUACGAAAGGCCAAACCAAACGACUGUCCUGACAUACUGCGGAUGAUCAAAGAGCUCGCGGAUUACGAGAACAUGCCGAACGUCGUGGAAUUAACAGAGAAAGAUUUACUAGACGACGGCUUCGGGGCUCAUCCCUACUACCGCUGCCUUAUAGCGGAGCUGCCGGACACUGGGUGCAGUACUGGCAGCACAAAAGUAGGAUUUGCCAUGUAUUAUUUCACGUAUGACCCCUGGGCUGGGAAAUCUCUUCAUCUGGAGGAAUUCUUCGUCAUGGCGCCGUAUAGAGGUUUAGGAAUCGGAUCAGCAAUACUAAAGACGAUAAGUCAGAAAGCCAUUGAACGACGCUGCAGCUCCUUGUACUUCCUGGUCUUGUCCUGGAACACGGCCUCCAUAGAAUACUACAAGAGGAGGGGCGCUGCCAAUCUAUCGGAGGAGGACGGCUGGCAUCUUUUCAGAUUCUCUCAGGAUGCUCUGAAGCGGAUGGCAGACGGAGUCUUGCACCAGUGAUGUUUGGACACUUUACAGUCAGGCAAUAAAAAGCUUCACAACCAGUCGUCCAUUACUACACCGUCAAUGUGUGAGGGUUUA